GCAUUCAAAACGGUUCGACUCCAAACAACACGUGCGAGGAAAGGCGUAUAAGUUUUAAGUUAUUUUUGAUCGGAAUUCUAAAAGAGGAAUACCUGCAAAAUGCUGGAGGAGAUGCAACAAAUGAAGACCAUUCCAGUGCUGACCAAUUCCCGCCCGGAGUUCAAGCAGAUACCCAAAAAACUCAGCAGGCAUUUGGCCAACUUGGGAGCUCCACAUGUGGAUUCCUUUGACGAGAUGCUGACCUUGGGACUGGAUAACGUGGCCAAGAACAUGAUCCCCGCCCACUGGCUGAGUCCUGCCGGCGAAAAGAUUUCAAUGAAAGUGGAAUCCAUAUGGAUAUCGAAGCCGAAGGUGCCGCAAGAUGUGAUUGAUGUGCGCACCCGAGAGAUCUACCCCACGGACUCCAGGCAGCUCCAUAUCUCCUACUCGGGAAUGUGCUCGGUCCGCCUGGGGUGGAGUGUCAAUGGAGUGGAGAAGUCUCCGAUAAACAUGGACCUGGGGGAAGUGCCCAUCAUGUUGCGCUCCAAAGCCUGCAAUCUGGGACAGGCUACUCCGGAGGAAAUGGUAAAGCAUGGAGAGCACGACAGCGAGUGGGGUGGAAUCUUUGUGAUCCGAGGAAAUGAGAAGAUCGUACGUAUGUUGAUCAUGACCCGGAGGAACCAUCCCAUCUGCGUAAAACGUUCAUCCUGGAAGGAUCGUGGCCAGAAUUUCAGCGAUCUGGGUAUGCUAGUGCAAACAGUCCGCGAAGACGAGUCAUCCCUGAGCAAUGUGGUACAUUAUUUGAACAAUGGAACUGCAAAGUUCAUGUUCUCCCACGUCAAGAGAUUGUCUUACGUACCAGUUUGCCUGAUCCUCAAGUGCCUGAUGGAUUUUACGGACGAAGAGAUAUACAACAGAUUGGUAAAAGGCUACGAGUCCGACCAGUAUUAUGUAUCCUGCGUGCAGAGCAUGUUGAGGGAAGUUCAAAAUGAAAACGUCUACACGCACGCGCAGUGCAAGAGCUUCAUUGGCAAUCUAUUCCGAGCCCGCUUCCCAGAAGUUCCGGAAUGGCAACCGGAUGAGGAUGUCACCGACUUCAUCCUUAGGGAGCGAGUAAUGAUUCACCUGGAUAACUAUGAGGAUAAGUUCCAGUUGAUUGUGUUCAUGAUCCAGAAGCUUUUCCAAUGUGCACAGGGCAAAUACAAAGUGGAAAACGUCGACUCAGCGAUGAUGCAGGAAGUGCUUCUGCCAGGCCAUCUCUAUCAGAAAUACCUAGGUGAGCGAGUCGAGUCCUGGGUCUCGCAAGUCCGACGCUGCCUUCAAAAGAAGCUGACUUCCCCGGAUGCCCUACUUACCAGUGCCGUAAUGACGCAGUGCAUGCGACAAGCGGGAGGAGUUGGUCGGGCCAUAGAGUCCUUUUUAGCCACUGGAAACAUUGCCAGUCGCACUGGUCUGGGAUUGAUGCAAAAUAGCGGACUAGUCAUUAUGGCGGAGAACAUUAACAGAAUGCGUUACAUGUCCCACUUUCGCGCCAUCCACCGUGGUUCCUACUUCACAACCAUGAGAACCACUGAGGCGCGCCAGCUGCUUCCGGAUGCCUGGGGCUUCAUUUGCCCAGUACAUACUCCUGAUGGCACACCCUGCGGGCUGCUUAAUCAUUUGACCCUGACUUGCGAGAUUUCGAUGCGUCCCGAUCCCAAGUUGGUGAAGGCCAUUCCCACGCAGCUCAUAGACAUGGGCAUGAUUCCCUUGUCAAACCGCAGUUAUUCUGGCGAAAAACUUUACGUCGUCUUUCUGGACGGCAAACACUUGGGUCACAUUCAUCAGUCAGAAGCAAACAAAAUAGUCGACGACUUGCGCUACGGCAAGAUAUUCGGCACUCUUCCCCAGAUGAUGGAAAUCGGCUUCAUACCAUUCAAGAAGAACGGCCAAUUUCCAGGACUUUACCUUGCAACGGGUCCUGCCAGGAUGAUGAGGCCCGUUUGGAACCUAAAAUGGAAUAAGGUGGAGUACAUCGGCACUCUGGAGCAGCUGUACAUGGAGAUCGCCAUUGAUCAAAAGGAAAUGUAUCCCGAUUUCACCACCCAUUUGGAGUUGGCUAAGACGCACUUCAUGAGCAACUUGGCCAACUUGAUUCCCAUGCCGGACUACAAUCAAUCGCCACGUAACAUGUACCAGUGCCAGAUGGGAAAACAAACUAUGGGAACGCCAUGCUUGAAUUGGCCAAAGCAAGCUGCCAACAAGUUAUACCGCCUGCAGACACCAGCAACUCCUCUCUUCCGACCAGUGCACUACGACAACAUUCAGCUGGAUGACUUCGCAAUGGGCACAAAUGCUAUCGUAGCUGUAAUUUCCUACACGGGCUACGAUAUGGAAGAUGCUAUGAUCAUUAACAAGGCUGCUUAUGAACGCGGAUUCGCCUAUGGAAGCAUAUACAAAACGAAGUUCUUGACGCUGGACAAGAAGAGCAGUUACUUCGCGAGGCAUCCGCACAUGCCGGAGUUGGUAAAACAUCUCGACACGGACGGUCUUCCACAUCCGGGCUCCAAAUUGAGCUAUGGUUCCCCCCUGUACUGCUAUUUCGACGGAGAGGUCGCCACUUAUAAAGUUGUAAAAAUGGAUGAAAAGGAGGAUUGCAUAGUGGAGAGCAUCCGGCAGUUGGGAAGCUUCGAUCUGUCGCCCAAAAAAACGGUGGCCAUCACUCUAAGGGUUCCACGACCUGCCACUAUUGGAGACAAGUUUGCAUCGAGGGCUGGUCAGAAAGGUAUUUGCUCACAAAAAUAUCCGGCUGAGGACUUGCCAUUCACGGAAUCGGGCCUGAUCCCAGACAUUGUGUUCAAUCCCCACGGCUUCCCCUCCCGUAUGACAAUCGCUAUGAUGAUAGAAACGAUGGCGGGAAAGGGCGCUGCAAUCCACGGAAAUGUUUACGAUGCCACGCCUUUUCGCUUCUCAGAAGAGAACACUGCUAUUGACUAUUUCGGCAAGAUGCUGGAGGCUGGCGGUUACAAUUACUACGGAACGGAAAGGCUGUAUUCCGGUGUAGAUGGCCGCGAGAUGACUGCUGACAUAUUUUUUGGAGUGGUGCAUUACCAGCGUCUCCGGCACAUGGUGUUCGACAAGUGGCAAGUGAGAUCCACGGGAGCGGUGGAAGCUCGGACCCAUCAGCCAAUUAAGGGCAGAAAACGCGGUGGUGGCGUCAGAUUCGGUGAGAUGGAACGGGAUGCUUUGAUCUCCCACGGUGCCGCUUUUCUGCUGCAGGAUCGCUUGUUCCACAACUCCGAUAAGACACACACCCUGGUGUGCCACAAGUGUGGCUCCAUUCUGGCGCCUCUGCAGCGCAUUGUUAAGCGAAACGAAACGGGUGGACUUUCUUCUCAGCCGGAUACGUGUCGCUUGUGUGGGGAUAACAGCUCCGUGUCCAUGAUCGAGAUUCCAUUCUCCUUCAAGUUCCUGGUUACCGAGUUGAGUUCGGUCAACAUUAAUGCGAGGUUUAAGUUAAAUGAAAUUUGAGUUAAAUCUGAAAUUAUUGUUAGGUCCUAUGUUAACCCGUGCGCUAAUCGUAAUAAAGUUAAAUACGUAAAACACAA